GCAAGCUCCACCCACCCACGUGGAAUAUGAUGGCGACCAAAAUGAUAAAGAAACCAAAGGGACAAUCUAGUCUUUCCUGGGAAGCUUCUCUGACCAAAACGGCAAAACUAACUCGUUCUUUGGCACAAAAGAUUGUACUUUAUAAGGAUGAUGAUAUAAUUGCCAUCAACAAGCCACCAGGACUAGCAGUUCAAGGUGACCCUAACGCUAGUCUGGUAUCACAAAUGGGCUACUGGCAGUAUGAUAGUCCCCGUCCUCCUGGCCUAGGGCAUCGUAUAGACAAGGACACGACUGGAGUAUUGUUAUUGACAAGGAACUCUAAGUCGGCUCAAAGGAUCAGAGAACUGAUUGAAAAUAAGCAGAUUAUCAAAAAAUACUGGGCUAUCACAAUUAAUGUGCCAGAGAAGACAAGUGGCUCCAUCACAAUUCCACUAAGCACCAAGAACAUUGCAACCAGCAAGUCAAAGUCACUUUAUAGGGUUAUACUGAGAACUGACAAAGCUGAAGAUUUUAGCAAAGAAAAAGCAGGCUCCAAGCUGUAUGGUAGUGUAUGCCUAGCAUGGACUGACUACACUGUCAUCAGCAGAAAGGGCUCCAUUUCAUCUUUGCUGGACAUUAACCUAAGGACAGGCUUCAAGCACCAAAUCAGAGCUCACUUAGCUGAUGGUCUCUGUUGCCCAGUCCUAGGAGACUACCUUUUUGCUGGGCCUUGGUUCAGGAAGGAGAAAUCACUUGUGAGGAAGAUAGAGAACAUUGGCAGCCAUGCUGGAUAUGUUCGUGGACCUCUUUACCUUCAUGCAUAUGAAGUGUCCAUACCAAGAGAAGGGGGACAGGACCCUAUUGUUAUCAACGCAACUCUACCUAAAUACUUUAUUAGUACUCUCAAUGCACUAGGACUUAGAGUACCUUAUCGUUAUGCAAAGCUAGCUAGGUAGUAGUCUGUAUUUCAUUGCUAAUUGAGAAAGAAAUUGUAGUCAUCUAAUUAGGUGGAGGUCAAUAUUUUAAUUUUA